GCCCAUCGUUCAAACUCAUCAUGAACCAAGAAGACGACGACGCCCUUCGCGCCGCGCUCGCGCAGGCCGAACAGUUCAAGAACGAAGGAAAUGAAGCGCUCAAGGAGAAGGACUACGCAGAAGCCAUCCGUCUGUACACGUGCGCGCUGGAUCUGGACCCAACCAACGCGAUCUACCUCAGCAAUCGCAGUGCAGCGCACUUGAGCAACGACUCCAAGACCAAGGCGCUGCGGGACGCCGAAGCAUGCAUUGAACACAAACCCAAUUGGUGGAAGGGUUACAUGCGCAAGGGUGCUGCCGAGCAUGCAUUGAAUCGAUUUGAUCUGGCGAAGCAAACGUACUUUCGAGGGUUGGAGAAGGACCCGGGCAAUGCAUCGUUACAGGACGCCAUCGAAGACGUGCGUGUGGCACAGGAAACAUACUCGUUGCAACUGAAGAAGGAGAAUGCCGAGAAGGAGGCGGUCCGACUAGCGCAGGAGGCGGUGGCGAAGGCCAAGGCUGACGAGGAAGCGCUUCUCGCGUCCUUCAUGGACGAAGUCGAGGCGCUCGAGGAUCAGGCCAACACGGUCAAGAAACCCGCGCCCGUGGAACGCGUCAAACCUCCCGUGGAUUUUGGCACACCGGAAGGACAGAUCAUUCGGUUGUUGCAGCCGCAUUUUGAAUGGAUCAAUUUAAAUCCGUUCCGUGUGCUCAUGCUGGACACGGACGCCACGGACGAAGAAAUCAAGCAGCAUUAUCGCAAAUUGUCGGCCAUGGUGCAUCCAGAUAAGAACCCUGAUCCCCGCGCCCGCGAAGCUUUUGAAGAAAUCAAAAAAGCUCACGACCAAAUGCUCAACGAAGACCGCCGAAAAACGUGCAUCCGCAUGAUUGACAACGCCAUCGAGAGCGUCGCGGUCGAGCGCAAGCAAAAGCUCAAAAAGUUCCGCGCCGACCAACUGCCCGACCUCGCCGAUCUCAACGACAAGGCGGUGCUCAAAGCGUUUGCCGAGAGUGAGAACCGCCGGCGGAACGUCGAGUCGCGCGAGAUGAAGCAGCGCCGCCGCGAAGCCGAGCAAGAAGAGGCUGAGAAGGAAAAGGAACGAGCAGCGUACAAGCACGACAAGGAGUGGUCGCAGACCGAGCGUCGGGAGAAACGCAUGGCGAAUUGGCUCGGCGUACAGACGGAUCCAUCUAAGAAGGUUAAGACCAUCCCCAAGAACGUCGGGUGGCAGCGAGAAGAGAAGAAGGAGGCCAAGAAGCAUGGCGUGGUUGCAGGGGACGAGUACAAGAAGAGCUGGAAGUAACGAUCCUAGUAGUAGUACUAGUAGUAGUA